CAAUUGAAAAUGGAAAUUUUAGAGCUUUAUCUCUUCCACCUCCCACUAUGAAUUUACAAACUGCAGUAAUCCUAGUCCUAGCCAUGGUGAAAAUACAGAUACUUGUUUCAAUCUUCAAAAUCAAAGAAGAAAUAUGGAAAAUGUAUGUUCUGAAUAUGGGAAAUGUUUUACCAAAAAAGCAAAUGUUUUAAGACAUCAGAAAAUUCGAACAGGAGAGAAAGCAUUUUCUUGUUUUGAAUGUGAGAAGUGGUUUACUGUGAAAUCAAAUUUUAUUAGAAAUCAGAAAAUUCAUACAGGAGAGAAAGCACUUUCAUGUUCUGAAUGUGGGAAGUGUUUUACUGACAAAUCAACUCUCAUUGACCAUCAGAAACUUCAUACAGGAGAGAAAGCAUUUUCAUGUUUUCAAUGUGGGACAUGUUUUAGUAAGAAAUCACAUCUUAUUAGACAUCAGAAAAUUCAUACAGGAGAGAAAGCAUUUUCAUGUUUUCAAUGUGGGAAAUGUUUUAGUCAGAAAUCACAUCUUAUUAGACAUCAGAAAAUUCAUACAGGAGAGAAAGCAUUUUCAUGUUCUGAAUGUGGGAAAUGUUUUACUGAAAAAGCAACUCUUAUUACACAUCAGAAAAUUCAUACAGGAGAGAAAGCAUUUUCAUGUUCUGAAUGUGGGAAAUGUUUUACUUACAAAUCAACUGUCAUUGACCAUCAGAAAAUUCAUACAGGAGAGAAAGCAUUUUCAUGUUUUCAAUGUGGGAAAUGUUUUAGUCUGAAAUCACAUCUUAUUAUACAUCAGAAAAUUCAUACAGGAGAGAAAGCAUUUUUAUGUUCUGAAUGUGGGAAAUGUUUUGCUCAGAAAUCAACUCUUAUGAAGCAUCAGAAAAUUCAUACAGGAGAAAAACCAUUUUCAUGUUCUGAAUGUGGGAAGUGUUUUACUUACAAAUCAACUCUUAUUAACCAUCAGAAAAUUCAUACAGGAGAGAAAGCAUUUUCAUGUUUUCAAUGUGGGAAAUGUUUUAGUCAGAAAUCAUAUCUUAUUAGGCAUCAGAAAAUUCAUACAGGAGAGAAAGCAUUUUCAUGUUCUGAAUGUGGGAAAUGUUUUACUCUGAAAUCACAUCUUAUUGGCCAUCAGAAAACUCAUACAGGAGAGAAAGCCUUUUCAUGUUCUGAAUGUGAGAAGUGUUUUAUUGAAAAAUCAGCUCUUACGAGACAUCAGAAAAUUCAUUCAGGAGAGAAAGCAUUUUCAUGUUCUGAAUGUGAGAAGUGUUUUACUGACAAAUCAACUCUUAUUAACCAUCAGAGAAUUCAUACAGGAGAGAAAGAUUUUUCAUGUCUUGAAUGUGGGAAAUGUUUUAAUCGGAAAUCACAUCUUAUUGGCCAUCAGAAAAUUCAUACAGGAGAGAAAGCAUUUUCAUGUUCUGAAUGUGAGAAGUGUUUUAUUGAAAAAUCAGCUCUUACGAGACAUCAGAAAAUUCAUUCAGGAGAGAAAGCAUUUUCAUGUUCUGAAUGUGGGAAAUGUUUUACUCUGAAAUCACAUCUUAGUGGCCAUCAGAAAAUUCAUACAGGAGAAAAACCAUUUUCAUGUUCUGAAUGUGGGAAGUGUUUUACUUAUAAAUCAACUCUCAUUAACCAUCAGAAAAUUCAUACAGGAGAGAAAGCAUUUUCAUGUUUUCAAUGUGGGAAAUGUUUUAGUCAGAAAUCAUAUCUUAUUAGGCAUCAGAAAAUUCAUACAGGAGAGAAAGCAUUUUCAUGUUCUGAAUGUGGAAAAUGUUUUACUCUGAAAUCACAUCUUAUUGGCCAUCAGAAAACUCAUACAGGAGAGAAAGCAUUUUCAUGUUCUGAAUGUGAGAAGUGUUUUAUUGAAAAAUCAGCUCUUACGAGACAUCAGAAAAUUCAUUCAGGAGAGAAAGCAUUUUAAUGUUCUGAAUGUGAGAAGUGUUUUACUGACAAAUCAACUCUUAUUAAACAUCAGAGAAUUUAUACAA